AAUAGGUGUAUCAUACAAACGGCGUCGGAUACGACGAAUUCGUCGACUGAUAUUAAAUUCCUUUUUAUAAUUUAAUUAAAUCCAAUCGACGGUACCGCCGUUUGUGUGUAUUAAAAUGGUUAAACGUUGUUGUUUUUGCUUUCUACACAAUCGAAAAGUCAAACAUUCGCGUGUCAGUUCAAGUUUAGUGUAAAAAAAACAAACAAACUUUAUAACACUGUUAUAAUAAUACAUAAUAUAUUUCUUUCUUGUACACCUGUUUAAUAUAUAUUUUCAUUAAUACUUCCUCUUACAACCGAGUCAUGGCCACAGACAAAGUAACGUUGACCGACGCCUUGUCCAACGUGGACGUACUCGAUGAACUCACGUUGCCCGACGAACAGCCGUGCAUCGAAGCGCAACCGUGUUCGAUAUUGUACCAGGCCGACUUCGAUACAAACUUCGAAGACCGCAACGGCUUUGUCACGGGCAUUGCCAAGUACAUCGAAGAAGCCACCGUACACGCCAGUCUGAACGAGCUGUUGGACGAGGGUCAGGUACACGCCGUCAUGUUGUACACUUGGCGAUGUUGCUCGCGCGCAAUUCCUCAGCCCAAGUCCAACGAGCAACCCAAUCGCGUCGAGAUCUACGAAAAGACUGUCGAAGUGCUGGGGCCUGAAGUCAACAAGCUCCUUCAGUUUAUGUACUUCCAACGCAAAGCCAUUGAACGGUUUUGCGGAGAAGUCAAACGUUUGUGCCACGCCGAAAAGCGUAAGGAUUUCGUGUCCGAAGCGUAUCUGUUGACGCUCGGAAAAUUCAUCAACAUGUUUGCCGUGCUCGACGAAUUGAAAAACAUGAAGUCCAGCGUGAAAAACGAUUAUUCCAGUUAUCGACGUGCCGCUCAGUUUCUGAAAGUCAUGGCCGAUUCGCAUACCCUACAAGAGUCGCAAAACUUGUCCAUGUUUUUGGCCACUCAAAACAAAAUCCGUGACACGGUGAAAGAGAAUUUAGAGAAAAUACCGGCGUACGAAGAGUUGUUGUCGGAUGUCGUCAACUUGUGCGUUCAGAUGUUCGAAUCGAAAAUGUACCUUACGCCGUCUGAAAAACAUAUGCUGGUCAAAGUGAUGGGAUUUGGAUUGUUUCUGAUGGAUAACGAAUUGUGUAACAUCAACAAGUUGGAUCACAAAAAGAAACUCAACUUGGGAAAAAUCGACAGGAUUUUCAAGAAUUUAGAAGUAGUCCCUUUGUUCGGUGACAUGCAAAUCGCGCCGUUCAACUAUAUCAAGCGAUCCAAACACUUUGAGCCGGGACGAUGGCCGUUGUCGAGUUCACUGCAAAUUAGCCCUCAAGCCGACCUCAUGGUGCAUUUACCGCAAAUCCGAGAAGAUCACGUCAAGUACAUAAGCGAGUUGGCGCGUUACAGCAACGAAGUGACCACCACGUACAAAGAAACGAGGACGGACAUCGAAAACAAAGACACGGCCGAGUUGGCGCUGAGAGGCUUGCAACUGUUGUCCGAAUGGACGAGCGUGGUGACGGAGCUAUAUUCGUGGAAACUGCUACAUCCCACCGACCAUCAUCAGAACAAAGAAUGCCCGAUAGAGGCCGAGGAGUACGAGAGAGCGACCCGCUACAAUUACACGGACGAGGAAAAGUUUGCGCUCAUCGAAGUGAUCGCCAUGAUCAAAGGUCUACAGGUGCUGAUGGCGCGCAUGGAAACGGUUUUCACGGACACCAUCCGCCGUAAUAUUUACGCCGAACUGCAAGAUUUCGUGCAGCUCAUAUUGAGAGAACCGUUGAGGAAAGCGAUUAAAAACAAACGAGAUUUGAUCCGCAGUAUACUGGUGUCGGUCCGAGAAACGUGUGCCGACUGGCAGAGAGGCGUGGAGCCUUCGGCGGAUCCGGCUCUGAAAGGAAAAAAGGACCCGGACGUCGGGUUCGGAAUCAAAGUGCCCAGAAGGAAUGUCGGUCCGUCGUCCACUCAACUCUACAUGGUCAGAACAAUGUUGGAAUCGUUGAUUGCCGACAAAUCCGGCGGCAAACGUACCCUUCGCAAAGACAUCGACGGACAGUAUCUUAUGCAGAUAGAUCAGUUUCACAAGACUUCUUUUUUCUGGAGUUAUCUACUUGGGUUUAGUCAAUCUUUGCAACAGUGUUGUGACCUGUCCCAGUUGUGGUAUCGAGAGUUCUAUUUGGAAAUGACCAUGGCCAGACGUAUACAGAAAUGCACCGUCAAACAUCAGCACAACGAAGAGUGCAGCGAUCUGAUCACCAUGGAAAAGCGCAUUCAGUUCCCCAUCGAAAUGUCGAUGCCCUGGAUCCUGACCGAUCACAUAUUGAAAACCAAAGAGCCGUCCAUGAUGGAGUACGUUCUGUACCCGUUGGACUUGUACAACGACAGCGCGCAGUACGCCCUCACCGUUUUCCGGAAACAAUUUUUGUACGACGAGGUCGAGGCCGAAGUGAACUUAUGUUUCGACCAGUUUGUCUACAAACUGAGCGAACAGAUUUUCGCGCACUACAAACAGCUGGCUUCGAGCAUACUCUUGGACAAAAGGUUCCGCGUGGAGUGUGUCGCCAUGGGCACUUACCUUGUGCUGUAUCCUAGGGCUAACCGAUACGAAACCUUACUAAAACAGAGACACGUCCAACUGCUGGGACGCAGUGUCGAUUUGAACAAGUUGAUCACGCAACGAGUAAACGCCGACAUGUUGAAAUCGUUAGAACUGGCCAUAGCCAAGUUUGAAGGCGGCGACAUCACCGGCAUUGUGGAACUGGAGGGAAUAAUGCAAGUGAACAGAUUGUGUCACAAGUUGUUGAGCAAACUGCUGGCUCUGGACGAGUUUGACGCAAUGUUCCGCGAAGCCAACCACAACGUCUUGGCUCCUUACGGUCGCAUCACGUUGCACGUAUUUUGGGAGCUCAACUAUGAUUUCUUACCCAACUAUUGCUACAACGCCGCCACCAACCGUUUCGUCAAGUUCAAAGGACUGAACUUCACCCAAGACGUGCACAGAGACAAGCCGCCUCAAAUGGGCCAUCAGUAUCUGUGGGGAAGCAAACAACUGAAUCUGGCUUACACUACUAUUUACGGACAAUACACCGGAUUUGUCGGAGCGCCACAUUUUCGCACCAUGUGCAAAAUGUUAGGCUACCAAGGCAUCGCUGUGGUCAUGGAGGAACUGUUGAAAAUUGUCAAGUCGUUGAUUCAAGGCAACCUGUUGCAAUUCGCCAAGACCCUGAUGGAAGCCAUGCCCCGACAGUGCAAACUUCCCAGGUACGAUUACGGGUCGCCCGGCGUGCUGGGCUACUAUCACGCUCAGCUGAACGACAUCGUACAGUAUCCCGACGCCAAGACCGAACUGUUUCACAACUUCCGCGAGCUGGGCAACACCAUCUUGUUUUGUCUGCUCAUGGAACAAGCGUUGUCCCAAGAGGAGGUGUGCGACCUCUUGCACGCGGCACCGUUCCAGAACAUUUUGCCCAGGCCGUUCACCAAGGAGGGAGAGAAAGCCGAAAGCAAACAAAAGCGGCUCGAAGCAAAGUAUGCCGCCCUGCAAAUCGUACCCAACAUGGAACGUUACGGAACCGCCAAGCAAGUCGGAAUAGCUCGCGACGGAGAUUUGUUGACGCGUGAACGGUUGUGUUGCGGCUUGUCCAUCUUCGAAGUGGUGCUUUCGAGGUUGCGCGGCAUGUUGGACGAUCCAGUGUGGGUCGGACCGCCUCCGCAGAACGGCGUUAUGAACAUUGACGAAUGCACCGAAUUCCAUCGGUUGUGGUCGGCUCUUCAGUUUGUCUAUUGCAUUCCAGUCGGCGAUACGGAAUUCACCGUCGAACAACUGUUCGGUGAAGGUCUGCACUGGGCCGGUUGCACGAUGAUCGUACUGUUGGGCCAACAACGGCGGUUCGAAGCGUUGGACUUUUGCUAUCAUAUCCUCAGAGUGCAGAGGGUCGACAGUAAGGACGACAACGUCAAAGGAAUCCAUUUGAAACGCAUGGUCGACAGAAUACGCAGGUUCCAAGUGUUGAACUCGCAGAUAUUCGCCACGUUGAACAAGUUUUUGAAAACAAACGAAGCCGACGCCAGCGCCGUAGAACACGUCAGAUGUUUCCCGCCGCCUGUCCAUCCGUCGCACCCGUCGUCUCAUUACUAUCGGCCCGACCAGACAGGAUCUCGAUAAUCUCUUCAGCCGUUCAUACCGGACAAACUACAUACACAAUAUAUUUUUUAAUCGACGUAUUAUUUAAUUAUAAUUAUUUUAGCAAUUUACUAUUAUUUUAUGUACGUAUU